UCUCCUGCGCAACAGCAGUUCUUCAAUGAACUAUACACGCUCCCCCACGAGACAAUUCUAUCUCUGUGUCUUUUGGCUGGUCCCCUGCUAGCCCGGGGUCCACACGUUACCUACUCCGUUCCAUGCGGAACAUCUGCCGGUGUUCACGUCUUGGUCGUCUUGCUCGCUCGCUUGUUUGCGUGGAGUGGCUAGACCUGGAGUGGGGCGGAGUGGCGUGCAGACGUGUUCAGGUGAUCAUACGCUGCCUCUCUGUACCCCCUCUGUUUUUCCCCAGUCGCUGGUAUGACUGUGACUGCGGUUUAGGACGAUGCAGACGAGCAGAAUGCAUCCGUCUAGCUCCAUCAAACGGCAUCACCAACCGUGUAUUCCUUCAAGGGCGGCACGAACCCAGCCGUACCGACACCAAGCCAGGUCUCAAACGCACGCUGUAGCAACACUGCUUUAUCCGAGAACAUCGAGUGGAGGAGAUGGAAACAGCGCCCAGGUGGACGACUCUAAUGUACACCAUACACCUACCCAGUACCAUGCUCAGGCUGAGGCAACUCACACAAGACACCACAUCGAAAUCGAGCUUCGCGCCAUCUCACUCCCGCAUCUAUCUAGCAUGUGCACUGUUCGCAAGAGUAUCGACGGCGGGAGUAUGGGCCUUUGCUUUGGUUUGGCGCUUGAUCUAGGGAAUCUGGUGCAGUCCGGGCUCGGGAUUCGGUCUUGCGAGCUGGCACGGCGGGCCUGCGCCACUGCGUUUAAGAACCCACGGAAUGUGACAAAGCGCAACUCUCCGCCGCAGGCUACUAUUCUGCGAGCAUCGCGUUUCGCGUGAUCUGGUCGGAUAGGGGGUUUUCAUGCUGAAAUCAGGCUGGUGUAGGGCCUGAGACGGGUUAGGGUGAGGAUGAAGUGAGGUGUGAAGGUGAUUGCGAAGCCACAAGAUGACGCACUC